UGUGCGCCUGCGCGCCAGCUCGCCCGCCCGCCCGCCGGCCAUGGCAGGGGCUGGCGGCGGCUGCGCAGGCGGCAGCGACUUGCAGUGGUGCUUCUCGCAGGUCAAGGGGGCCAUCGACGAGGACGUGGCCGAAGCCGACAUCAUCUCAACGGUUGAAUUCAACUAUUCCGGAGACCUCCUCGCCACUGGGGAUAAGGGCGGUCGCGUCGUGAUUUUCCAGCGGGAGCCAGAGAAUAAAAGCCGCCCUCAUGCCCGGGGAGAGUACAACGUCUACAGCACUUUCCAGAGCCACGAGCCUGAGUUCGACUACUUGAAAAGUCUAGAAAUCGAGGAAAAGAUCAAUAAAAUCCGGUGGUUGCCACAGCAGAAUGCAGCCCAUUUCCUGCUCUCUACCAACGAUAAAACUAUAAAAUUAUGGAAAAUAAGUGAACGCGACAAAAGAGCAGAAGGGUAUAACUUGAAGGACGAAGAUGGACGGCUGCGAGAUCCAUUCCGAAUCACAGCACUGCGGGUGCCAGUGCUGAAGCCCAUGGACCUGAUGGUGGAGGCCAGCCCCCGGCGGGUGUUCGCCAACGCCCACACGUACCACAUCAACUCCAUCUCGGUCAACAGUGACCAUGAGACCUACCUCUCUGCUGACGACCUCAGGGUCAACCUCUGGCACCUGGAGGUCACAGACAGGAGUUUCAACAUUGUAGACAUCAAGCCGGCCAACAUGGAGGAGCUCACCGAGGUGAUCACGGCUGCCGAGUGUCACCCGCACCAGUGCAAUGUGUUCGUCUACAGCAGCAGCAAAGGUUCCGUGCGGCUCUGCGACAUGCGCUCCGCCGCCCUUUGCGACCGGCACGCCAAGUUUUUCGAGGAACCCGAGGACCCCAGCAGCCGCUCCUUCUUCUCUGAGAUCAUCUCCUCUAUCUCUGACGUGAAGUUUAGCCACAGCGGCCGCUACAUGAUGACGCGAGACUACCUGUCGGUGAAGGUGUGGGACCUGCACAUGGAACAGCGGCCCGUGGAGACGCACCAGGUGCAUGAGUAUCUCCGUGGCAAGCUCUGCUCCCUCUACGAGAAUGACUGCAUCUUUGACAAGUUUGAGUGCUGCUGGGGCGGUACUGACAGCGCCAUCAUGACUGGGUCCUACAACAACUUCUUCAGGAUGUUUGAUAGAAACACGCGGAGGGACGUGACGCUAGAAGCUUCCAGAGAGGGUAACAAGCCUCGGGCCAGCCUAAAGCCCCGCAAAGUAUGUGCGGGGGGCAAACGGAAGAAGGACGAGAUCAGCGUGGACAGCCUGGACUUCAACAGGAAGAUCCUGCACAGCGCCUGGCAUCCCACAGACAACAUCAUCGCCGUGGCCGCCACCAACAACCUGUACAUAUUCCAGGACAAGAUCAACUAGGCACCGCCAGCAUACUCUGUCCAGGGAGGUCCUGUGUCCUCUCCAGGGACAGCAGCUGUGGGCGAGGCCUCGGUGCUGCCCAGCCAGGGCGCGGCACACGGUGGCCGCCAUGCACAGUGGGAUGGGCCUGUGCUGCGCCCUCACUGUGCCUGGGCCCAGAAAGGCAGCCGGGAGCAAAGCUGGAAGGUGCGGCCUGACCAGCCUUCCCUGCUCACGGCCUUCAUCGGCAGAGCUGGUCCAUUGCCUGCAGCCCUGGAGGAGAGUUUGCAGGUAGCCCUUCGCCCUAUCUGCUCAGCUGGGGCUGCACUUGGGGUCAGAUCUGACCGGUGAGAGCCUCUGACCCUUAACUGGGCUGGGCUAGGCAAGGGUGCUGCUCAGAGACAGGCCUGGCCAGCAGGCAGCUACCUCAGUGCUGCCUGGGGGACACAUUCAUGCUUUCUUUGAACCUUUUUUUUUUAAAGCAGGGAGGGCAAUGUACGUUUUCAAUCGUGCUGAAAUGAUCCGCAUGCUGAGUUUCAUACUGCAUUUUAAGCCAGUGAGAUGAGACUGACUGGUUGUCCUGUCAAGGGCCAUCAGAAUUCCCAAGACCAACAGGCAAGGACACGUGGUGGCAGUGUGUGAGCAGGCCCCACGCCUGGCCAGCCUGGCACCAUCACUUCCUGUCUAGUUUGCAGUUGAGCAUCUGAAGCUACAUUUGUUUUAAUUUAAAAACAAUCCUUAUACUGUAUAUUGGUUGUUAACAGUUCACAAAUCAGAGACGGAAACAACUGUUUAAGCAUUAGUUAACCCUGGUCCUUAAAAAAAUUCUAGUAAAAUGGGAUUGUAUAUAUUUGUUCAACUAUUUUGGCCAGAAAGUUUAAUAAAUUUUAAAACAUUUA